CCUCAGCGGACACCAUCGAGGUAAAGCAACAUUGCUGUUUCACUCUCCAGUUUAAAGACUAGCAUGUGUUGUAUAAAUAAUGCAUUCAAGGAGUCGUUAAACAUAUGAAAUGUCUAUGUUGCGUAGAGCAAAAACAUGGGAAAUAUCUGAAUCUGAGGAAAGCGACGGAGAGACAGUCCCCGAUGAGAGCGGUCAAACAUUAGUGACAGUCAGCAGGGACCUAACAGAAGAUCCGAGUUCAGACUACAAGUGCAAAAGCCUCCCACCGUCACCCACAAAAACAGAGUCCGGUCAAACUGCUAAUUUGUCUCCUCCGCGACCGGAUGGAUGUGGCACACCGAGCCCUGCGAGAAAACGCCGCACCAAGGAGGAGAUAGAGGCGGACAGACAGGCUGCCAGGCAGAGGACGGAGCAGAGGGACAGGCAGAGAGCAGCCAGAGCCCGGGACAAAGACGAGAGGAGACAGGAGCAGCAGAGGAGGAGAGAGGCAGCGGAGAACCUCAAGAGUCUCCGGCCAGAGAACUGCCUCAGGCGUCUCACCGUCUGCAUUGACCCAGCUCUUCUGCAACAGGAUGGCUCCGACAUCUUGCUGGACACCCUGACUACAUUGGAGUGGGGGUAUAGCCUUGAGAGCCAGCAGCUCCCACACAGCAUCACCUGGACCAGAGACUUGCCUCAGCAGGGAGCGGGCUCGGUGGAGGAGGAGCAAGUGGUUCUGGUGCUGGGUCUGACGGACUUCAUGGACAUGGUGAUCUCUGUGAAGAAAAUGCUAGACAGUGAAGGGGAGGAGACAAGGAUGGGGUCUUUCCUCAGUCCAAUUUUGGAGUGUCUCAACCGGGAAGCCAAGAAGGUCACGCUCUUAGUGUCAGACUCUCAGACAGAUAACAGGACCGAUGCUUACGGGGUGCAUUUACUAGAUGAGACGCUACAAUCCAAAUUGGGGAUGGAGAACCUGGAUGUGGAGGAGGUUCUUGUGUAUCUGCAGCUCUGCAAGAAUAUCUCACUGGUCUUCCUAGAGGGCUGGCAGGAGGUCACUAACCACGUGUGUGCCGUCACCAAGGCCUUAUCAAAACGCCCUUUUAAACUGCUGACAGAGCAGGCAGAGCUGCCCUUCUGUGUGGACGGUUCAUGGGCCAGCGGGGUUCGGGUGGAGAAGGACGGCUCUGGGCUGAUUCAGGUCUGGAGCAGGCAGAUUCAGCAGCUGAACAGAGUCAGCCCGGCUGUGGCCUCUACUGUGAUUGCUGCCUACCCGUCUCCUCAGCUGCUGCUGCAGGUACACCCGAUGCAUACCAGAGUUUAGCGUCAGAGGAGGACAGAAAGGGUCUGCUGGCCGCUCUCUUGGUGAAAAGUGGUGGUAAAGAGAGACGUAUAGGACCGGAGAUAUCAGCCAGAGUUUACCGCUGCUUCACAGCCCAGAACCCCGAGCUGGUCCUGGACUGACCUGUCCACUUGAGAACCAGACGGACGGACGUCAACGAGGAUUAAUCUGGUCUCUAUGACACUUAGUCACCACUUGGUUUCUAAUGUGUUAAUGGUGAUGUUUACAAACUAAUAUCAUGUCUACCUUCCUGUAAAGCACUGGAAACAGAUUUGAAGAAUAGAAUAUAUUUAGUAAACUAAGGAAUUAUUUGAUGUGUAUUAUUUUAUUCUGGUUAUGUAUAAAUGCAAGUUGCAUUGUCGAAGGGACCUCUGUGAACUCUGUGAUAUUUUUUUGUUUAUGUGUGAAAUAGCUUAUAAAGAAUGAGCUGCACCAGAACUUUUCAGUUUUAUUUUAGAGAAUUUCCUGAGUAAGAAAUUUAACAAACUAUAAAUAGAAAAACAAAUCCUAUUGUGAGCAAGAACACCCCGACCAUUGAUAUUCAAGCAAAAGGCUGAUUACAAAAUACAUUUACAAAAAGUCUUUUCCACAGUUUUAAAAAAGCAACUCCUUUCCCCCUGGAGUCUCUCCCUGAGAGUAACAAGUGUACACUUUCACAAGACUUCCAGUGUGUUUUUUGUCAAAGUCUAAUCUGGCAAACAUUAGCUCUUCCAAACAGUGACUGGCAUAUUAUUAUUAUUAAUAUUAUUAUCAUUAACCCCAUGAUAGCAAUUGGCUAAAAUGCAAAUGAUUACCCAGAUGUCACUGUAAAAUCUCAACUUCAUUAAAUGUCUCAUACACUACACACUCACUCCCUUCUCCCACUCAUUGACAAAGUUGUUUGAAUGUCACAAACUUGCUAAAUAAAAAACAACAA